AUGUUGAGGCAUACACCAAAUCACUUGUAUGAUCAUCCCUCAGUGGCCAUCGGUGAUAUUCAUCCGUCAGACGGACGCAAUUAUCAUCCCUUUAGUGAGCAUUUUCAUGGUACUUUAGGAGGUCAUAACGAAUUUGUUAAGAGUCCAAGAGAAGAACAAAGUGGAGACUUUGGAAAAGUACCAAAUGUUUUCACUGCACAGACCUAUUCCUUGCCACACUCACUCUCUUACAGUGGGUGCUCACAGUCCUCCUUCCUACAGGAAACAUCAUACAGCUCUCCAUGUGGUCCAGUCAUGGAAAUUUCUCGACCAUCAGCAGCAGCUUCUUUCUUUGCUAGGGCUACUCAACGGCUGAAUUUAACAACUAAGAAGAAAAGGAGAUACUACAGCGAUCAUGAAUCUGAAACAUCAGUGUUUCAGACAAACUUCACCGAAGUAAUUCGAUCAUGUCCUCCACCUGCACCUCCUGGUUUACUACGUGUAACAAGUCGGAGAGACGGAAUGGGUCUUGGCAAGGUGAAAGUCAUGCUCCGAGUGAGUCCAGUUCUCUCGAAUGCCAAAGACAGUAGUCAGACAUCCUUUUUGUCUGUCGACGUUAAGAAAAAACACAUAUCACUUUGUGAUCCUUCUACAAGUGAGAUGACAAGUCAUCUAGACCGCAAACUAGGAGUGGCAGCACCAAAGAUGUUUGCUUUUGAUGCUGUUUUUCCUCAGGAAACCACACAAACUGAAGUUAUAACAACGUCUCUGACCGAAGUUAUUCAAUCUGUCGUAAACGGAGUGGAUGGUUGUCUUUUCGUAUACGGACAUACAAAGCUAGGUAAAACUUACACUAUGAUUGGACAAAGCUCGCCGAUUCAAGAACUUGGAGUUAUGCCGUGUGCUAUUGCCUGGCUUUUUAAACUUAUCACAGAACAGAAAGAGAAGACAGGGGCGCGGUUUUCUGUAAGAGCUUCUGCAAUCGAGCUUACAGGAAGAAACGAAAAGUUGAAAGAUUUACUUUGUGAUUUUGCUGUCGGGACCGAUAUUCCUGCAAAUUCACCUAGCCUUCUUCUUCAGAGUGACUCUAUCUACGGAACACACUUGUCAAACCAGAGUGAGAUCCGUGCCCCCACAGCGGAAAAAGCUGCCUUUCUUCUUGAUGCAGCACUUGCUGCUAGAUCUAAAAUUGAAAACGAAGACGAGAAACGCAAUUCCCAUUUUUUAUUUACUCUUCAUGUUUACCAGUAUCGAUUUGAGAAAGGAAAUCGAAACGGCGUUGCUGGAGGUCGGAGUCGUUUAAGUCUCAUUGAUCUCGGUUCUUGUGAGAAAGUAGCCAAACCACGAGAUGGGGAUGGAAGUCACAGUCUCUCGAUGUCAGCUUUAGGAAACGUCAUAAUAGCCCUAUUCAAUGGACAGAAACAUGUGCCUUACAAAGAAAGUAAAUUAACCCAGCUUCUUCGGGAGGUUCUAGGCAGUUUAACUUACCGAGCAGUUAUGAUAGCUCACGUUUCUUCAGAUCCUGAGUUCUAUUCUGAAACGUUGUCAACGAUUCAAUUAGCAUCCAGGAUUCAUCGCCUGCGGAGAAAAAAAUUGAGAUUUCCAGGUGCGAAAUCCAGUGAAAGUUCUGGCGAUGACCGAGGAGUGUGUCGUCCUUUCCUGAAAGUUCAUGCAAUCGGUGAAGACGUUAGUAAAUCUGGCAGUAGUGAUCCUGAUUACACUUCCAGCAGUGAGCAGUCCUGCGAUACAGUGAUUUUUGUUGGAGAACGAGGAGCUGCUAUGAGCAAUAAUCAUUUUACUUCUCAUUUGUUGGGACGGCCAGCUAAGAAAACCACACAGAGUCAACAACCAUUUUAUUCAAAACAUUUAAAAAGUGCCUUGCCUUCUGUGACUCAUUCGACCUUUAAAAACGCCCUGAUAAAUUACGAAGCAGGUGAAAGAAACGUUCGAGGUGUUGAAAGACCCAGAUUAAGUGUGAGUAAACCCAACGCCAUUGCAGUAGAAACAAAAACUCAUCAAACAGGAAAUCGAUUGAAUGGAAGACUGCAGACAGCUAAUUCAUCAUCCAUUAAUGAUCAGAUAGUAUCUUUAUCAGAACAUGGUGGAUUAUCUUAUCCAACACCAGACUCUCAGGUUUACAGAAAGUGUACAUUCAAACAUAAAUCACAGUCCAUAAAACAAGAAGGAAAACCUGCUAACACAUGUUGCUAUGGUGCUUAUUCCAAAAUACAUAGUAACCGAGAACUUAACGUACAUAGCGAUGAACUCUGGAUUGAUGGACCACGGUUUUCCAAAUCAAAAUUUGACAAUCGGUCGAUACAAAGUCUUCAUAAAGAGCAGUGGGUUGAUGGACCAGGGUUAGAGUUUAAUGGACACAUGGAUGAACACAAAAAACAUUUUAUUUCUAAAUGGGUAGAGGAACACUCACGACAUGUUCAACAAAAUCUAAAAAAUUCAAAGAACGAAGUAUGGAUAGAUUUCCCGCUGACAAAGAGUGCUGAUUUCAAUGUGGACAAUGUGCCUAAGAAAGAAGAGUUCGUUACAGAAAACCAAAAUCAACCAUACUCUCAGAACAGCCAAAACACCAGUGAAAUGGAAACUGUGGAAAACGAGUUUCAGUUAAUUCAAACAUUUUCAACAGAACAGAAUAAAAAAGACCCAAGUUAUUUUAUGGAAACAGUCAAAUCUUCACAUAUUUGUUCUCAUCGAUGUAACGAGACUUUUGUUCCUUGUAAAGAGGAAAGUGCUGUGAAAAUAAGACAAUAUCAAAACUUAGCAGACACUGACUAUCAGAGUCCAACCUACAAAGUUCAACAUUGCAUUGAAUGUAACGACACGUUUUCUUUUGUUGAUACCGCAAAAUCUAGUGAAAAGUUAAAAAAUAAAUACGAUAUUGAGGUCUCAAACAACAGCGACGAGGAGACACGUGUAGAAGAAGAAGAAGAUGGACCUGUGCAAAUGCAAGAUUCUUGUAUCCAAGUAACUGAAGAAGAUAUUAUUGUUGCUAUGUUGAAAGACGACUCUACAUCUGAUAAAACACUAUCCCAAACAAGUAAAGCCUGUUGUGGAAAUAACAGUCACCAUCCUCUCAGAGUUCUCAGCAAAGAUAGCUUGACUUUAGAUUCGUCAUUCACGGACCCACAAAGAUCUGGUAAAGAUCAAGAAUUUUCAACACUCAGCGGUGGACAGGAUGAUUUUCUUGAUGAAAAUGGUAAGAAGUAUUUAAUGGAAGAAACGAUUUUAGGGACAAGGUGUUUAAGUUGUAGAAACAUGUGUGAUGUAAGAGAUCAGAAGUUGAAAGAAAAACAAGCCAGUGGCGAUGAGCAUUUAGAAACUAUUUCUCUUCCUGGUAAAAUAUUUCAAUUAACAUAUAAUGACAUAACCGCCAAAGAUCCUGAAGUUUCAAGCACGCUAAGCGAGCCUGGGGACGUCACAUACCUGAGAUUGCAAUUUGAAAAUAAACUCGCAACGCUCUUGUGGAAACCUAUUCAUAAGCCAAAACCAGUGUUGGUUGUUCCACCAAUAUUGCGAAAAACAAAACAAAAGUCUGUUUCUCUCAGCGGAAUUGAAGAUUUAGAAAUUCAACAGUUUAAAGACUGUAAGACUCAAUAUCCACUUCGUGCCUUGUCUCAGGAAGUGAAUAAGGAGAUUUUAACUUAUCAAGACAGUGAAGAAAAGGCGAUAUAUUCUAAACCUGGAGAAACACUAAAACCUUUGUUCAAAGAGCAAGAAAUGUCGAAUACCCAUAAUCCAGAAGGAAUGAAAUAUCACUCGUUUAGUGAAAUACUUGAAAAAUCGAAAAUUGCAGAAACAAGAUCAGCCACAUGUGAAUUCACAAAAGAUAUAACUAAAAACACUAUUUCAACUUGGACCAAUUCACGCUCGUGUUUGAUUAAAAAUGAAAAAGAUUUACGGAUAAAACCAUUAGUUUUCCCAAACCUUGGAUCUUGCGAAAAUUAUUUUCAUCAAAGUAAUCUAAAAUUCACAAACCCUCAAGAUUUUAUUAACUCACGUGCCAAUGACUUUAAAGAGAAGAAGUCAGGUUUCCUCUCUUCUUCUGAUGACUUACAAAACCCUCCGAUUGAAUCAUUCCAGUUCAGUAAUAAAAUAAAACUCAUUAACAAUAGCAUGCGCUCUCAGAGGCAAGAUAAACGAAUCAAAUCGCCUUUUCUUUCUUAUCUUUCUCGUGAAAGUGGGAUACCUUUGUGUCUUCGAGAAGAUAAUUCAACGCGGAGAUUAUCAGGGUCUGUGCAUUGUGGUUCAACCAACUUUCUUCACAGUUAUCCAUCUGGCUCACCGUUCAUGUCUCCUUAUGCUAAGGUCACUCAAGCCCGCUCUAUGAAGUCUAGUAGUGGUCGUGGAAGUGACAGCAGUGUUGUUAGUGGUGAGCCCAGGGAAGGGUCAAAGUUACUACCGUGUGGUAAAUUGCUUCAGUUCUCUGGGACAAGUAGCGGAUACGAAAGUAUGAUGCGAGACAGUGAAGAAACACCCGUGUCGUCUAGUCAGGAGUCUGGAAACGAAUGCGACUCCGUUGAGCAACAAAGGAAACGAGGAGCACGACGUAAACACCUAGAUAAAGAAUUAGGUUCUGAACAACAAACUAAGUCUUCCACAUUCCAACAUCUUACUACCACAGCAAAUCUCACGUGCCAAGGCUCACUUCAUGGACUAACUAAAGAAACUAUGACGUCACGUCAUCGCCAGAGUAAUGAGUGGCACGAUGAGGAUGUUUGCUGUACAGGACUUUUGUGUUGUGGUGUUAGUUUCCGAAAGAUUACCUCUGAUUUAUCCUAUGUAUAA